UGUUGCCCAGGCUGGUCUUGAACUCCUGAGCUCAAGCAAUCUGCCCAUCUAGGUGUCCCAAAUUGUUGGGAUUAUAGGUGUGAGUCAUCAUGCCUGGCCAUGGAAUAAUUUAUAUCCAUUAAAUAUGAGGAAGGAGUUCCUGAUACGUUUAAAUUUUAAGAACAGAGGAAGAGACACAGGAGUGGUCACAGAAGAAAGGCCCCGUGAGGACACAGUGAGAAGGUUGCCGUCUGCAAGUCAGCAAGGGAGGCCUCAACAGAAACCAACCCUGCUGGCACCUUGAUCUUGGACUUGCAGCUUCCACAAUGUGUUAACAGGAACAUUGAUAAGUAGUGUAAAAACUUGCACAAUGAAAUCUGAAGCCAAGGAUGGAGAGGAGGAGAGUCUACAGACUGCUUUCAAGAAAUUAAGAGUGGAUGCAUCAGGGUCCAUAGCAUCUCUGUCUGUUGGAGAAGGCACAGGUGUCAGAGCACCAGUCAGAACAGCAACAGAUGAUACCAAACCUAAAACCACAUGUGCAUCUAAAGACAGUUGGCACGGGUCUACAAGGAAGUCUUCACGAGGAGCGGUGAGAACUCAGCGUCGUCGACGUUCUAAGUCUCCUGUCCUUCAUCCUCCAAAGUUUAUACAUUGCAGUACAAUAGCAUCUUCUUCCAGCAGUCAACUCAAGCACAAAAGCCAGACUGACUCACCUGAUGGCAGCAGUGGGCUGGGAAUUUCAUCCCCUAAAGAGUUCAGUGCAGGAGAAAGCUCUACUUCUCUUGAUGCUAAUCACACAGGGGCAGUCGUUGAGCCUUUGAGAACUUCUGUUCCAAGGCUCCCAUCAGAGAGUAAGAAGGAAGACUCCUCUGAUGCUACCCAAGUCUCCCAAGCAAGUCUCAAAGCUGGUGAUCUCUCUGACUUUCAAUCAGUUUCCAAGCUAAACCAGGGCAAGCCAUGCACAUGCAUAGGCAAGGAAUGCCAGUGUAAGAGAUGGCAUGAUAUGGAAGUGUAUUCCUUUUCAGGCCUGCAGAGUGUCCCUCCCUUGGCUCCAGAACGAAGAUCCACACUUGAGGACUACUCUCAGUCGCUGCACGCCAGAACUCUGUCUGGCUCUCCCCGAUCCUGUUCUGAGCAAGCUCGAGUCUUUGUGGAUGACGUGACCAUUGAGGACCUAUCAGGCUACAUGGAGUAUUACUUGUAUAUUCCCAAGAAAAUGUCCCACAUGGCAGAAAUGAUGUACACCUGAUAGCAAGAAGCUAAUUCAUAUGCUUUAAACCAAUGAAGGCUUGUCAAAGAGAUUUAGUUAAUGGCAGACCUUGCGGCCACUUUGUGUGAGAAGACAUCUCUUUCUGCUCACUGUGCUUGCAAUAAAAACUUUUCUUGGCAUCUCAGUUAAUCUUCAUUCUUUAAACUUACUCUCUGAGUUCUUACAUACACUUCAAGGUGAGCAGAUCAAAGAAAAAUCCCCCUUAUUUAGAAAUGUUCCUGGGGGAUGAAGAAACCAUAAUUACUUGUGACUGGCAGCAGUGGGUAUAUGGUAAAAGCCUUUGUAAAACAGUGCAUUUUUCAGAUUUGUUUAAGGUUUGGUAGCCAAGGAAAGUAAAAUGUGAUUUUGUAACUGCACUGAACAUUUGUCAUGCUGUAGUUGCCAGCCCAGAAUAUUAGAAGUUACAAGACUGAUUUAAGCCAUCUCUGAUUUAAUGCAAGAUUUAUUGUGUCUAUAAAGGUUUCUCUUGUUAUUGUUAAGCCAGAGAUCUAAGGUUUAGAUUCAGUUUGAAUAAACUAGCUGGCCUGCCCUCUA